AUUCAAGGCAAGCUCGCUCCCGAGUUAUGAGCAGAGAAUGAGCGCACGACACGCGCAGGAAUGGCUGCGGCACGAGACCAGGAUUUAAUGAAAUAAUUCCUCGUUUCCCGUGAAUUCUCAUGGUCUGCGAUUUGGGGGAAGUAUUCAGAGAUCUUCUUGUGUCCCUUUCGGCACUUUUGUUUCAGUACUCAGUCUCUCUAAUAUCCACAUUCAUGGCUUUUGUUUGAGAAGACAAGCCACCGGAGAGUAAACGGGGAAGAAACACCCUAAUUGUCUAACGUUACCGUCUCUAUCUGGGAAAGUGAUUUAUUCGUCUCCUCGACUGCUGAAGGAUGUCGUCUGCACGGGUUGAUUAUAUCGCUCCUUGGUGGACUUACUGGCUUCAUCAGUUUCCUCAUGUGAAUCUGAGGUUUCAGCCGCUGGAUCACACAUUUAAACCGCAAGAGGAGAACUACCAGCAGUCGCUCCUCUUCCUGGGCUGUGUAGCAGCAGCUGGGCUUGGUGUGAAUCUGCUGUGUCUGGCCAUCUACCUGAGCUGCCUGUGCUGCUGUCGGAAGGAUGAGGAGGAAGAGGAAAGUAAGAAAUCCAACUCUUGCUGUGUCACUUGGGCUGCUGUUGCUGCCGGACUCAUCUGCUGUGUUGCUGUGGGAGUUGGUUUCUAUGGAAACAGUGAAACCAAUGAUGGGGUGUAUCAGCUGACCUAUUCCCUCUAUAAUGCCAAUCACACACUGGCGGGAGUGGACAGUUUGGUGACGGGUACUAUGGGAGGCAUGCAGAGCGGCCUAAAUGAGCACUUGUCUCGACUGGGCGAGAUCUUUGCCGCACGGGGAGACUUUGUGCAGACGCUACAGUUCAUGCAACAGAUGUCAGAUAACAUCAUUAAGCAACUACUGGGGCUUCCUGACUGGGAAAAGGCAAAAGUAGACCUGACCGCCAUAGCCGAUCAGACUGCAUACGUGGAGUAUUACAGGUGGUUGACAUACCUCCUGAUACUAAUAUUGGAUCUGGUCAUCUGUCUUGCUGCUUGUCUGGGUCUGGCCAAACAAUCCCGCUGGCUGCUCACUACGAUGAUGGUGUUCGGGGUUCUGACUCUCAUACUGAGCUGGGCGUCUCUCGGAGCUGAUGUGGCCACUGCAGUGGGCACAAGUGAUUUCUGUGUUGCACCAGACAAAUUUCUAAUGAACCAAACAAAAGACAUAAUCAGCUCAGAUAUUGUGCAUUAUUACCUGUACUGCAGCCAGACUCUCCCCAACCCGUUUCAGCAGUUUGUUUUGCAGUCGCUGACUGUCUUCCAGAGAUCACUGACCACCAUGCAGAUCCAAAUACAGGGUCUCCUGCAGUUUGCUGUGCCUCUGUUCCCCACAGCUGAGAGGGAUUUAUUGAGCAUUCAGCAUCUAUUGAAUAAUUCAGAGGCCAGUUUACAUCAGCUCACUGCUCUUCUAGACUGCCGAGGACUCAAUAAGGACUACCUGGACGCGCUGAUAGGUGUGUGUUAUGAUGGAGUGGAGGGGUUACUGUAUCUCUGUCUGUUCUCUCUGCUGGCGGCCUGUGCCUUCUCAGUCAUGCUGUGCGCCAUACCGAGAGCGUGGCGACAGAUCGCCAACAGAGAUAGAGAUUACGAUGACAUCGAUGACGGGGACCCAUUUAACCCUCAGAGUCGACGAAUAACGUCCCACCAUUCACACCAGGGCAACAUGCACAGCUUCUGCAGCUACAGUAGCAGCAUGGGCAGCCAGACCAGCCUGCACCCUCCGACACAGGCCGUGUCCAACGCACCCCUGUCAGAAUACAUGAACCAGUCUGCGCUGUUUGGUGGAAACCCACGCUAUGAGAACGUGCCUCUGAUCGGGAGGGGAUCUCCUCCUCCUUCGCUUUACUCUCAGCCAUAUAUAAACCGCUACUCUCCAACCAUGAGAGCCACCUACCUCUCCAUGACCGAAGACCAGAUCAGACACUUUGGGGAGGAUUUCCGAGCGUAGAACUGAUCCGUUUUCUUCUGCCAUGCACACGUUUUACCUGGUGUGAUUCUUUACACGCCGGAAAUCUGGACACAUGGAAAACUCACGCCAGCAUGUGUGCGCAUCUUUAUUUGUGUUACAGGACCACAGUCUGAGAGGAGAACAUGAUGUUAGAAGUACUCUGUGUGUGUGUCCAUAUGGGUGCGUGCAUGUAUGUGUGUGUUUGUCGAUUAUUCUGAUGGUGCAGUGCAUCUUUUCCCUCACUACUGACACAUUUGUGAGGUUUCUGAAAUAUCCUCUAAUAAUCUUUUAUUUGUAUGUUUACAUCAUAUUUUUCAUCAAAUAGACGGUUGGUCUUCCCUAUUGCCUUUCAAGUGCAGAAACUGUUCAGUGUGGGUUACAAAAACUAUUUUGGACCCACUUUAUAUUAAGUGUCUUUAACUACUAUGUACUAAGAUUUAAAUGAUUCAUUUGAUGCAAUGCAUUUAUUGUGUACAUACAUUUUUGCAUUGUAUUUAUUUAAAUACCUGCAUGAAAUUGCAUCUGUUGUUCAUUUCUGUAAUUACAUCUUUUACACUGUUGACACUUUGCUUACCCCUUAACCUACCUUUAAACUAACUAUACCACAAAACCUGUCCCUAUACUUAUCCGUAUCCCACCUCAGUAGCAGCAAAAGUGUUUUGCAAAACAACAUGAGCACAAUAAGUACAUGGUACCUAACAAUCAUUGUUUUUGUUUUUUAGUAUUAUUUACCAUUUAGGUUACACUUUAUUUUAAGGUGUCCUUGUUACAGUGUAAUUAUACAAUUUAGUACUGGGUAAUAUUAAUUAGCUACAUGUACUUAAUAUAUAAUUAGGUUUAGGGUUAGUUGCUUAUAACUAUGCUUAAAUUACUGUUUGUAACUAUGUGUAAAAUGUGUAACAGGGACACUGUAAAAUAAACUGUUACCAUUAUUUAUAUACUAUUAAUUUAUAUAUUAGUAUACCGGUAUUUAUAUACUAUUAUUAUUUUACUUGUAAUUUUAGCUAACUAACAAGACAGCUAAAAAAAGUAUUAUUAUAAUAUAUAUAGUACAUAGAAGUUAAAGACACCUAAUUUUAAGUAGUUUUUUUUUUUUUUUUGUACCAGAGUACAUAACCUUCUAAAGGUUACCCAUUUGUCAUAUUAAAGGUUGUACAUAUAAGUGUGGACAAUGGUUGAAGUAUCAAUAUUCUGUGCAUUGGACAUAUAGUCCUUCAUAGUGUACAGCAUUGCUAGUGUCAACAUAGUAGGUUUGCUAGGUACUUUUCUAAGCAAUUGUUGCUCAUGAAAAGGUGUCUUACGUUUUUUAGCUACUGUGCAGUGUGAACUUCAUGAACAUGUCAUCACUUUUUAUGAUGGCUAACUGUACAGAUACUAAUGCUUUUAUCUUAUUUUGAAGUGAAUAUUUUGUUUUCUAAAUGUCUUAUGUGCCAAGAAUGGAAGCAUGUUUUGUGCCUCUAAAGCAUUCCCUUUCAUUGCUUUAGUGAGUUCAGUGAGUUCCCACUGUGUAUUAGGAUGGGACAAAGAGGGGGAAUAAAAGCUUUUCUGUUUGUUUUAUGCAUGUAGAGGCAUUUUAAAGCACAACAUGAUCACUUUGGGUUUAUAGUGACCAUACACAGUCACUUUGUACCACAAAUGAUGUUUCUAACAUCCAGAGAGACUUUCACCUCAUUUCCAGCAAGCACAAAUGAGAGGUCAUUUUACCUGGAACUUAAAAUCUCAGACCUUCUUUUCAUACCAAGUGUAGAAAGCACACUGAGCCAACUUUCUCCCAUGCUGCAAUGCAUAUGCUUUGAAUUAACCUGUUGACCAGCUGUAAAUAACCUGUAUGGUAACAGAUGUUGUGUGAUUAUUUGCUCCAUUCUUGUGUGCCAUUCUCAGUAUACUGUUUGAUAAAAUCAGCUACUUGGACAGAUGCUUGUACAGCGUGUCCUUGUUUGAGAUUGAUGGUG